CACACUCGGCCCCACUUCUACCCAGACUCGCUCACGCUGAGACUCCCAGAGCCAGACCCACGCUUAUCCAGAUGCAAGUAUCCUUGUGGCUGAGGGCAUCUGGCGCAGGAGUUCUGAGCUCAAGGCUGCUCUCGACCCGCGCUCGCUUCUCCGUGCAGGAUGGAAAGCAUCCUACACAAGGGCAAGGGGAGCACGCUGCGCUUCCCGAUCGGCACGCAGGUGCUGUGCCAGACGUCCUACGCAGCGGAAGGGUGGGAGCCCGGGGUUGUGGUGGACCACUGGUACACGCAGGACGGGUUCCCGGAGGAUUAUUUCGCCCCCUACCAGGUGCAGCUUGACGACGACACCCUGAUCUUCAUUCCCGAGGAUACCCCGAAGCUGUGCCGCGAGAGGGUGCCGGCGUGGUGGGAGAGGGCGUUCAAGACCAGCGGGGAGGCUCCGGCUGCGAGCGAGGUCCUGGCCGCCGCCAGCGGGGCCGACGCGGACGAGCGGAACCACAGUGGCACCACAGCUCUCGCAGCGAGUGCGCACAAUGCCCCGGCGCGGUCGACGACAAGGGGCGGAGCCCUCUUCACCUUGCGGUCGCCGCCCGGUGCACCACGCCCGAGCAGGUGCGCGCCUCGGUGCAGGCGCUCCUGGAGGCCCGGGCAGACCCGAACGCACAGGACCGGGAUCUGGGGAGGGACCCGGAACUCAAAGCAAGUCGUUCGAGGAGCGCGACAGGCACCGCACACACUGCACUACUGCGCCGCAUGGGACUACACGGCUGCCGCGGAGCUGCUGCUGAAGGCACGGGCCGACCCGACCAUCAUCGACGGCCAGUACAUGACGCCUUUGCACCUGGCGAUCGACGAGGGGUGCUCGCGCGAGAUGGUCUCCCUAUUGCUGGCGGGCAAGUCCGACCCCGACAAAGCAUGGUGAUUGGCCUGAACUCGUCCUAUUUGCUUGAGGCCGCGCGCAGCGGUGACUCCGAUCUGGCCGCCGCGCUGAUCCAUGCCAAGGCGAAUGUCGAUCUGGCCGGAAAGAACGGUAUGACCCCGCUGAUCAUGGCCGUGAGAUGUGGCAAGGUCAACGUGGCGCAGUUGUUGAUCGAGGCAGGGUGCGACACCACUCUCAAGGCGAUGGGCAAGACGGCCGGUGAGUUUGCGCUGAAGAGCCCUGAUUCAAGUAUGGCACAGUUGCUUGGCGCGGAGGCUAGCGGGGUUUCGAAGGACAUUAGGAAGAAUUUGUUCUUGGUAUGAGUGGGCACAGCGGCAACGUUGCCAAUGCUCUCCCAUCUUUAGUUAGGUGCGCCUUCCGGGCGCUGUCUCGGAGGGUUCUUGUUUACGGCCUGCACUCUGCCCCAGCCUCUGCUCGUACCUCUUGUUCGCCCUAUCUUCCUCGCGGGCCUAGUUCUCCAGCGCUCGGGGGUGUUGUUUUCUGCUCGCAGGCGGUGCCGGGAGGGCGUUCCCGCGAAUCCCGGCCAACAAAAACGUGUGCGCCGCGCCGCGGCGCGCAGCCGCAGGCUGGCGGUCGCCUGUGAUUGUGAAUUGGGUGCCGUGGC